AUGGAGACAGAGUUUCAACAACAACAUCAUCAGACACAACAACAGGAACAAUUCCAGAGACAGCCUACAUUCAUCACCAAUCAUGAUCCACGCGACAAGUUGAAAAAGAAGCGCAAGAAUCUGGAUGGCAAGGAGUCGGGCAGCAGCAGCCCACUCAACAAGUUGCGCGCCGCCACAUUGACUCGCACAGCCACCUCCAAACUCCAGUUUGUCGUGGACCUCGGCUCGUCAUUCUCCAAGUCCCCCAGCAAGUCCACGGCCAAUGCACUGUCCCUACACUCGAGUGUACCACACCACAAUGCUGCCAACACUGCGCCCGCCAGCCCACUCACAUCGUCUACCAACAGCAUCCAAUUCUCCGUGCCCAACCAGCCCACCAAGAAGUCCAAGCUAGGACUGCCCACCACAUUGCAUCGCAAGAGUGUUCGUCUGUCCCAGCAGAUCAAGCUGGACGAGGUGACCAAGCUAUAUGCCCCACUCUCAGGUCCCGAGUACCUGAGUGCCAAGGACUCUCCCCUCUCGCCAACACUCUUGCGACAACAACAAAAGUCCAAGUCAUCGGCCACACAAACAUCAUCUUCAACAUCAACCACAGCCACAGCCACCUCCGCGUCCAUGUCGCCACCAUCGACUCCACAGCGCGACAACAACAGUGGCAGCAACUCUACAUCACUAUCACCCGUGUUGUCAUCGAUGGGUAUUUCAUCGCCACGCUCAUCAGUCAGCCUCAAGGUGGCAGUGGACAAUGGAAACAACAAGGAGAACAACUCAUCAGCCGUCAACAGUCCACCCACAUCGCCCACAAUGGCACCUGUGGAGAAGAGUGUUGCGGCGGUCAAGCAGUCGUCAUCCUCAUCCUCAUUCCGAUUGUUCAGCAGGAAGUCCACAUCAUCAAGCUCACACGAAUCUGAGUUAUCGGCAAUCAAACGAGAGGUCAAUGAUAGCUGCGAGUUCAUCCUCGCCAAGAUGGGCGAAUACCAACGAAUCGUCCUCUCCCUGCCCGACCUCUUCAUGCUCAGCAAUGACAUCCUCUCCACCGAGUAUGAGUACCUAAUCAAAGACACCAAGACCAUAUCCAAGAUACUGUCUCCACUGGACUCUGUUGCUGGAUCCGACACCAACACAGAGGUGAUAUGCUCACCCAAGCCAUCAUCAAGGUACUCGACACCUCUCAAUCAAUCACAGGAGAACCAAAAGUUGAGCGAGAUGGACAUGAUCGCCCAGUCAAUCUCACAGAUCGCCAAGAAGAUCCUGGGCAUUGAGAUCGAGAUGAAGAAGAGUAGCCUGACAGAGAAGAAGGCAUGCACUCUGUCGUUGUUUGUCUCGGCAGUGCGUCAUUAUAUCGAGACGGGAGAGGUACCCGAGAUACCACGAGUGCCAACCGAGGUGCAACACACAUUGAUCCCGUCGGCAUCCGAGACCACUACGCGCGAGUACAAUCCCGAUAGCGAAGCUGACUAUGUCUACAAGACUGGCUAUCUAGUCAAGAAGGGAUCCAAGGGUCCAUUGGUAGUUUGGAAAGACCAAUGGUUCGUCUUGUCCGUCGAGAAGCUGUGUAUUUAUUCAAACGAAGAUAAGGUCAAUGGCAAGCCAAAGAAGGAGAUAUUGCUCAGCAACAUUGUAUCAAUAGGACCAAUCAACAAGUAUGAGUACAAUCAUUGCUUUGUGAUCAAGUUGAAGAACACUGGCUCGAAGCUGGUGGUCCGCGCUGCCAAUGAUAAGGAUGCAGCACUCUGGAUGCUGGCCAUCGACGGCUUGCCUCGCAGGAACUUUGACACCAACCAAUCCUGCAUCAACCUGUACAUCAAGGAGACUCUGCUCGAGACAAUCUGCUCCAGCCUGGUCAACUACCGCCGCUCAGUCGCCGGUGGCGUCGUGCGCUCCAGCCACGGCGAGGAGUGGACAUACCGCGCCGACGGCACACUAUACAACUCAGAGCCACUCGAUGCCAACAUCAAGGCCAAGGACGUGCGUUACGUCUGGAACGGACAACUACUGGUGCCGGCCAAGGACUGCGUCAAGAGUCUGGGCAGUGGCAAGUGGAAUGGAGUGUGGUUGGCCUGGUACCACAACAACGCGCCCUUCCUCAAGUACAUGUGGCAGCAAGAGUCCAACGAGUACCUCAAUCAGAACUCCAACCUGUCGUACAAGUGGUCGCGUGGCCUCGUGUCCAAGAUCGGUGUGGGUCAAUGGGUGAUCGAAGGACAUGUCCCCGAGACCGUUGUCAUGUUCCUCCAAUGUCUACGUUACUGUCGACUUGGAAAGGACUUCUAA